UCCAACACGCAGAGGAAACGAGCGGCAACCAUAGAAGAAGAAGAACCUUCCCCAGUUGUAGUGAAUUGAAUGAACCUGCUAAGUUGAUAAACCCUAUUACUUUUAAUUCAUACAGAUUGAAUUAAUUUGUGCUGAAGGUUAUUGUUUCGGCUGAUAAUGUCAGGGAUACCUCCAGACACAUGGCAGCCGCCCACAGUGGCUUUGGAGACAACGAUGGGGACAGUUGUGAUUGAGUUGUACUGGAAUCAUGCUCCAAAAACCUGCAAGAACUUCGCAGAGCUAUCCAGGAGAGGAUACUACAACAACACAAAGUUUCACCGGAUAAUCAAAGACUUCAUGGUGCAGGGUGGAGAUCCUACAGCAACAGGUCGAGGCGGAGCCUCCAUAUAUGGUAAACAGUUUGAGGACGAACUGAAUCCAGAACUGAAAUUCACAGGAGCUGGUAUUCUGGCGAUGGCCAACGCAGGACCGGACACCAACGGAAGUCAGUUCUUCCUCACUCUUGGACCCACUCAGUGGUUAGACGGAAAGCACACUAUCUUUGGCAGAGUACACCAGGGGAUGGGAGUGCUGAACCGAAUUGGGAUGGUGGAGACAAACGGCCAAGAUCGUCCAGUUGAUGAUAUCAAAAUUAUCAGAACUAAUCUGCCCAAUUAAAGAAACAUUUUUUUUUACACUGUUUUUUUUUUAAUUUGUUUUGUUGUUUUUUUAAAUAAAUGUCUGUAAAAUAUA